GAGCCCAUCUCCGCGCGCGAGAAGGGGGUGGUCUCUCCCUCGCUUAAGAGGCUACUUUGGAGCCGCACAAACACAUUCACAGAUGUCACUCCGUGCACACUGACAGCCUGCCGCUGCUGCUGCUGCUGCCGCUACCGCCGACGGAGACACUGAGACAGGGAGAAAGAGGGAGGAAUAGAGAGAGAGAUAUUGAGAAAAAGGAGACGAGUGUGAAGCAGGCACAGAGAGACAGACAAGCAGACACACACACACACACACAUUGCUGUCUCUUUCUCCUGCAUCUUUCCUUUUUUUUUUUGUCCCUGAAGGCUCGACAUGCAUAUGAGCUGGUAUGCAUGGAUGAGAGGAGGACAGAGAGGGAUGCACGGAGGAGGAGAGCAUUAAACGCCGGUAGAUUGUCCUCUGGUUUGUAAUUUUUUUUCUUUUUUGCUGUGUGGUUUUUCUUUUCUUCCUUUUUUCCUCUCUCUGCUCACAUCUCGUUGGUCCGGCACUCUCUUCUCGUCUCGUCUCGCCUUGUCAGCUGCAACAGAAGGAUAAAAUAAAGGGAUGCUUUGAAUGCCGCCUCCGUCUUCACAAAGGAGAGAGCCACAGCCGGGAAGAGAGAGAGAAGAGAGGGGGGAAGAAGAGAGAGGGAGAGAAGGAGAGUAGCAAGUCCUCCCUGAUUCCCUGCAACACAAGGUGGGAAUGAUAGCCACCGCCAGACAAUAAGUUGCUCCACAGUCCGGUCUGUGUGACCCGCCACGAGGUCUGGGUGCCGCGGGCUGUCGGUGGGAUUCGGAUCCAGACACACUGCUCCUCAGCUUCCUCCGUUUAUUCCGACCUCACCGCACUGACGGGACUUCAUCUCUCCGCCACAAGAGCCUGCAGGAUUAGACUGACCUCUGUGCGUUGACCUCCGGGGGAAAAAGAAGGGAAACGUCUUUGCCUGUCGGUGGUGGCCCAGUAUUGAGAUGUGUAGGAGACCCGUGUCCCCCAGCCUGUUCCCAGCCAGGCCCCUACUCCGACUGAGCGUGUCUGAAGAGUCUGAGGCCAUGAAGUGUUUAUAACCAUAGGUAAUGACGAGGCACAACACUAACCCUGGAGAUGCCGAAGAGAAGAGACAUUCUUGCCAUCGUGUUGAUAGUGUUACCGUGGACUCUGCUCAUCACCGUCUGGCACCAAAACGCGAUAGCACCACUGCUGGCCAUUCGCAAGGCUUGUCACCACCUAGUCAGAGACUUCUUUAUCAUUCCCGAGCGGCUAGCCAUCCACCGCCACCGGCUCGCAGAUGACGGUGCAGGGGGACGCCGGAUGGCGGGCACAGCCGGGGACUCCAAGGAGUACUGCUCCCCGGACAAGGACAUCGUGGAGGUGGUGCGCACGGAGUACGUGUACACGCGGCCGCCGCCCUGGUCCGACGUGCUGCCCACCAUCCACGUGAUCACGCCCACCUACAGCCGGCCCGUGCAGAAGGCCGAGCUCACGCGGCUGGCCAACACCUUCCUGCACGUGGCCAACCUGCACUGGAUCCUGGUGGAGGACUCACAGCGGCGCACGCCCCUGGUGGCCCGACUGCUCCGCGAGACGGGCCUCAACUACACGCACCUCAACGUGGAGACGCCUCGCAACUACAAGCUGCGGGGCGACGCCCGCGACCCGCGCAUCCCCCGCGGCACCAUGCAGCGGAACCUGGCACUGCGCUGGCUCAGGGAGACCUUCAGCCCCAACAGCAGCCAGCCGGGCAUCGUCUACUUCGCCGACGAUGACAACACCUACAGCCUGGAGCUCUUUGAGGAGAUGCGCUCCACACGGAAGGUCUCGGUCUGGCCCGUGGCGUUUGUGGGCGGUCUGCGCUACGAGUCGCCUAAGGUCAACGCCGCCGGCAAGGUCUACGGCUGGAAAACCGUGUUCGACCCGCACCGGCCGUUCGCCAUCGACAUGGCUGGCUUCGCCAUCAACCUGCGCCUCAUCCUCUUCAAGCCCCAGGCCUACUUCAAGCUGCGCGGGGUCAAGGGGGGCUACCAGGAGAGCAGCCUGCUACGAGAGCUGGUCACCCUCAAUGACCUGGAGCCCAAGGCGGCCAAUUGCACUAAGAUUCUUGUUUGGCACACCAGGACAGAAAAGCCUGUGCUUGUUAAUGAGAGUAAAAAGGGAUUCACGGACCCCAAUGUGGAGAUCUGACGUCCGCCAUCUCUAACACUGGGACCUGGCUUUGGUGAAGCUCUGUACGACCCAGAGAGCCCUCAUCUCAGACUCACCUCAAAAAACGCAAGGACUUGGACACAGGACAUAUCCAGUUGUCUUUGAACUCAACUAAACUAUUAACAGUACAAAUGUACAGCAUUGCAUUAAAGCACAGAGUAGAUGGCAAUAUUUAUCAGGUUUAAUGAAGAACAAAGAAACGAACAAACAAAUACACAGAUUCUAGACCCAACAAGAGGACAUGGAGGAGGAAGGAACCGUAUUUCAGCACAUCACCCCAACAGAAAUCUCUGCCUUCUGGAAGACAGCACAAUGAUGUGAACACAGAGAGGACCCAGGGCCUUCCACGCGGAUGAACUUUGAACUCUGACCUGCGUAGAGAUUAAGACUGACCUCCAGCAAGUGGAAUUUGCUCUCGGUCAACUGUACAGAAGAUAUGGUGAUGAAGACAGGGCCUGCUUAAAGAACAAACAAAAGCAGAAAAAAACUAAACUUUCAAUGCUGCUCUUGAACAAAGCGAAAACUAAACGAACAGCAUCAGUAACAAAAAAAAAACUUUUGCAUCACUGCAAUGGCCGUCCUGAGGUAAAGAGAGAUAGUCAUCUGUUAAGAUUUUUUUUUUCAUCGUGGAAAUGAAAAGAAACAGAAG